AAUUCGCCAAUUUCUUCUUACAUUUUCAGGCGUGAGCGGGACGAAGCGACAGGGGGGAACAGCAGGGACUCCUCAGCGCGGAGUCAGGACGAGGACCUGGAGGUCGUGGUGGUAGUAGUCGGGGUGGAACGAGUCCUCGCGCAGCUCCUCGACCGUGAAAUGGGCCGAGGCCGCCUCGAGGAAGCGCGCCACGCCGUCGCGGCGCCGCUGCGUCGCGACGACGACGAGGCGCGCCUCCGCCGCGACGGCCGCGAGCACCCUAGCCACGUCCUCGGCCCACUGGACGCAGACGAGGACGUCGCUCGCGACGACGACGGGGAAGGCGCCCAUUGUUGUGUGGUCCGCGUCGCGCCAGUCGAGCGCGGCGACCGUCGGCGUCCGGGGCACGGAACCCGCGUUCGCGUCGAUGGUCUUGCGGAGGUGCGGCACGACCGGCGCGGCGUCCGUCGUCGUCACGUCGGCGCCCAGCGCCGCCAGCGCGAGGGCCAGGAGCCCGCUGCCGCCGCCGAGCUCCAGCACGCGCUCGCUGGCGCGGAUGGCGAGGGGGGACGCUGUUUUAUUGGUGUUGUAUUCGAACAUGCGCGCCAGCGCGACGGCGCAGUCCCAGACCUUUGUGCCCGUCGAGGCCGCCGUCUCGGCGAUCUCCAGCGUCUUGGCGGCGCCGGGCAGCGCGUAGCUGAAGGCGCCGUCGUAGCGGCCCGCGUCGCCCUGGAUCUCGCGGCGCCAGUGCGGCGGCGUCACGGGGGCGAUCUGGGCCGAUCGCUUCGCCGCUAUGCAGCGCUCGAGGACGGCGCUCAUGAUGAUGGCAUUUCUUUAAUUUGGUCGUCCGCGGUGGUGGUGAGCCCAGCUGCAGCAGAGGGUAAUGGUGAUGCUGGCUUCUGCCGCGAGUCCUGGCCACCGCUUGCGGGAGCAAUGGGUGCAGGUGAUAGGCGGGCUGGCAAGCGCUUGCGGCCGACUAAAAAGCACGUAUGGCGGGCCCAGGAGCGCCGCGGAGCAGUCUCCAGU